AUGUCUAUGAUCACGGCCGCUCAAUGGGUGCCUCGCGGCUUUGCAGCCCCGUUUCCCAAAAAGUACACUCUGGACGAAAGUGAGUUUGCGCGCAUAGCUGAACUCGCCAAGCUCCAACUGGACGAUGCCGAGGAGGACUUGAAGGAGGCGCAAGAGGAGGAGGGCUCCGACGGACAAAAUCAAAAGGCGGGCAACGACGAGAGCAUGGACGUGGAGGGCGAAAAACCAACUACCGAGGCCAAAUACGACGACGACGACCUGAAGGAGUAUGAUCUAGAGCAUUAUGACGACGAUGAAGACGAACCCGAAGCACAUGAAGAUGGAACGGGAAUGAGCAUGUUCGGAAACCUCAAGGCAUUGGCGUACCACGGCUCCAACAAAGAUGAUCCAUACAUUACUCUAAAAGACGAGGAUGACGACGACGAAGAGAAAGAAGACCUCCAAAUUCUCGCCACCGACAACCUGAUUCUCUCCGCCAAGGUGGAAGAUGAGCUCGCGCACCUCGAAGUCUAUGUAUUUGAAGACGAAGGCGACAACCUCUACGUGCAUCACGACAUCAUGUUGCCCGCAAUCCCUCUUGCACUCGAGUGGCUUGACAUGCCCGUCAACAAUUCUGGCGGCGAUCAGGGGGGAAAGGGGAACUACGUUGCAGUAGGGACUAUGGACCCAGACAUUGAGAUUUGGGACCUCGACACCAUCGACUGCAUGUACCCGAAUGCUAUCCUCGGGCAGGCCGCCAGCGCAGAGUCCGGCGAGAAGAAGAUCAAGAAGGGCAAGAAGUCCAAAAAGGCCAAGGCAAACGACGCGUACCACGUGGACGCGGUACUUUCACUGGCUGCCAACAGACAACACCGCAACUUGCUGGCAUCCGCAUCCGCCGACAAGACAGUCAAACUAUGGGAUCUGAACACGACGCAAUGUGCAAAGUCGUACUCCUACCACACGGACAAGGUGUGCUCUCUGGCAUGGCACAAUACCGAGGCUACGGUUCUACUGAGCGGCAGCUACGACCGCACCAUCGUGGCCGCUGACAUGCGAGCCCCCGACGCAAAAGCGCCGCGCUGGGGUGUAGAAAGCGACGUCGAGAACGUACGCUGGGAUCCCCACGACUCAAACUACUUCUUCGUGUCCACGGAGAACGGCUGCAUACACUACCACGAUGUCCGAAACGCGCCCUCCAACCCGACGGCCACCAAGUCCGUCUGGACGCUCCAAGCCCACGACGAGUCCGUUUCCUCCUUUGACAUCAACAGCGUCAUCCCGGGCUUCAUGGCGACCGGGUCCACCGACAGAACCGUCAAGCUGUGGAGCAUUCAACCCACCGGUCCCUCGAUGGUCGUCUCUCGCAACCUGGAUGUCGGCAAAGUCUUUGCCACGACGUUUGCGCCAGAUGCCCAAGUCGGCUUCCGCCUGGCCGUGGCGGGUAGCAAUGGCAACAUGCAAGUUUGGGACACGAGCACCAAUGCUGCGGUUCGCAAGGUCUUUGCGCAAAAGGUUCCGGCUCAAAAGGACGACGUCGCGGAGGAUCGUCUAGUUGGUGUCGAGGAGGACGAGAGCAGCUCGUCCGAGGAAGACGGCGAGGGACAAGAGGACGGGGAGUCCAUGGACGAGGAUUAA